AUGCGAAACACUACCUGCUGCUUGCCCAAUGGGCUCACUUUUGACGUAUCACCCGUUUUUGGUGGUGUCACAUUCAAAUCCACCGACUUCAACAUACAUCACAAGUCCACAUUCCCACCAGGUUGGACAAUCAUAAUCAAUACCGCGAAACCUCCCAAGACAGAGCAGGAAGGGGGUCAAGAUUCAGAGAAGCCCCGCGCAGAUGACGACAAUUUCACCCGUUUCACUACCCCCACCUUGACCCGCGACUCCCUCUACAUCUCGUAUAUAGUCAACCCACCAUCCAGCGACUUCAAGGCCGUGACCUCCCCCACACGCCAUAUCGCCAUGAUGCUCUGGGCAACUCUAUGGUGGUACUUCCACGAGCCAGAACCAGACCUGCACGUGGAGACCGCCGCAUCAAGCAGGACCCCACGCGACGGACAGCCCAAAGGCGACUGGCGGAUCAACGUCAAGCGCGAGGGAAUCUUCAAAGGCCGGAACCUGCUCCAAAAGCUGGAACGAAUGGGUCUAAUCGCGACCGAAGACUCCUCCGUCGGCCUGCAACCCGUCGAAUCCCGCGACUGCAGCAGCUGGACAUCGAUGUUCGUAAGCCGACGCAGCUUCUGGCAGCUCGACCCACGUCUCUUCCUCUUCACAUUGACCCCGCGCGGAACUGCAUCAACACCGCCCUACCGGUCGGGCACUGGGUCGCCCACGCCCGAAGGCCUAUCCAGCGCAUCGACGACAUCGCUAGCACCCAUGGAGGCAACCUUCCACACGUCGAAUAUGGGCCAGUUCACCUCGGUAGGACCGUUUACGUCCGGCAGCCAUUUACCAACAUACUACCCGCCACCGCCAAUGCAGUUCACCUCGACGAACGGGGUGCGGCACCCCGUGCGUCCGAAACCGCCGCACCAGGGCGAAGUCUUCUACGUGCGCUACAUCCCGAGUCUGAGCCAGUAUCUCUCUUUCCGCGUUGCGUUUGUGCCGAUGACGUCGCAGAGCUCUGGGUCUGGUAGUCGGCCCGGGACGCCUGUUAGUAAUUCUGUGACUAGCAUCGCGCAGCAUCUCACGGAGGAUAUCUCCUCUGAUCUGGACACGCUGCAUCGGUGGAUGAAUGUGCCGCGGGUGGAGGCGAUGUGGGCCGAAGGUGGACCAAGGCCUGUGCAGGAGAAGUUCCUGCUGGCUAGUCUGACUAGUCGACACAGUUUCCCUGCCAUCGGGUGUUGGGACGGGAAGCCAUUUGGGUAUUUUGAGAUCUACUGGGUUAAGGAAGAUCCACUGGGACGACUUGUGGACCAUGUGGGAAAUUAUGAUCGGGGUAUUCAUUUGCUUGUUGGGGAGCAGGAGUUCCGGGGCGCGCAUCGGGUUGCGGUGUGGUUGAGUGCGUUGGUGCAUCAUUGCUUCUUGGCGGAUCUGCGGACUGAAUCUGUGGUUUUGGAGCCGCGGGUUGAUAAUCUCAAACUCAUUAAUUACCUCCAAGAAGCAGGCUUCUACAAAGAAGGCGAGGUCAGCUUCCCGCAUAAGCACUCUGCCAUCAUGAGGAUCAAGCGCGAGUACUGGGAGAGCCCGGCUCUAUAG